GUAACUAUUAAUCUACUGCCACACCCACUUUCUGCGCCGCCCCGCCAUUUUUUCAGGAGUUCAGAACUUACAGCAGCAGCUGAAGGAAAGGUUGUAAGGUUUUUGGAAGCUCUUAGGCCAUGCCUCGACAAAGAAAGCAACGAGGAGCUGGCUCUAGUGCUUUACCAUUUAAAGAAAUAACGGCCAAACUCGCUAACGAGGAGCUUAUCAAGAGAUUAAAAGAUUGUUUGAAUUAUCUUGAAGAUAUCGAUGAAGUGGUGGAUGGGACGAACGAUGAAUUGAUCACUCUCUCGCUGGACCUCCUUUCUCCCUCAAUCCUCAAUAAAACUGAUGAAACACGUUCACUUGUGGCUCUAGUACUCGCUAACCUCUACAGACUGUUCUUACUUGAUAUUCCACACAACGAGAAGCAGAAGAAAUCUGUAUUCAGGUUGUUCAUUUCUUCAUUUGAUUCUCUCAAGAAGUCCUCUGACUCACUUUACAAACAAACUUACUCUCUUUUAGAGAUACUAUCAGUACUGUCGUUAUUCAACAUGUGCUUGAAGUUUGACGAUCAAGACAUCCUCGUUGAGCUAUUCAAGAAGAUACAAGAAAUAAUCAGAUACAUUCCUGACCAGGCACAUCAGGUGGAGCAGUUUCUGUUGAAAAUUAUGUUCUCUGUCUUACAAGAGGCUAGCCACUUAUCAGAUCAACUGCUGGAUACAGUAUUACUGCCUUUAAUAGAACCACAUAAAUCGGAUGAGCCUUUGGUGUAUUCGUUCAUUUGUAAACUGAUCCAGAAAUCAAGUCAAUAUUUGGAACCGUUUCUACGACAUUUCUUCAAUGGUAUACUAGUGAAUGGUGAGGAGUCUGACAGUGCAGUGGCUGAUUCAUUAUAUGAACUAAUCCCUCAGUUAUAUUCCAUUGAUAAUUAUUUAUUAUUAUUAAUACUACCACAGCUGGAAUGGAAACUGCAAUCAGUUGAUGUUGAGGUGAGGUCAAAGGUCACUCAGUUGUUGGGUCCCAUGUUCUCAGCCCCUGGGUCUAAACUAUCCACUGAGAACAGUCAGCUCUUUCACUCCUACCUGGGAAGGUGUCAGGAUUUCAGUCCCAGCAUUCGUUUGGAGGUUGUUAAAGAGUGUAAGUCACUGCUGCUAAACCAUCCACACUUGAGGGAUGAGCUCACAGAGAAACUAUUGCCAAGAGUGGUGGAUCAGGAUGAGAAGGUUCGAAUGGAAGUUGUCAAGUCGAUUUUGGACGCAGCAACUGAAGAUCUAACUUGCAUUGAUGAAAGGUUGCUUGACUCGUUGCAGCACAGAAUGAGAGAUAAAAAGUGGCCGGUUAGAAAAUAUACGAUGAUGUCACUAGUUAAGUUAUACAAAAACAAUUUGAGUAAUGAGAGAUUACAGUGGAUACCACGUAAACUACUACAUUCCUUCCAUCAACCGUUCCAAGACGACAAAAUAUGCAUAACGAGGUGCUUGAAUAGUUGUAUUAUACCAGCUGGUGCCGAGAUUAAUGAGAAGAUUGAUAGACUCCUCCAUAUUUGUUAUACUAAUGAUGAGUCAGCUAAUAGGAGCCUUAUUGACAUUCUGAAUACUCAAAAAACAAUAAGAGAACACUUGCUUUCAAUAGUCAGUGCAACAGACGAGGAGAAUGAAAUUAGUGACGAAGAAAGGAAGAAAAUAGUAGCAGUGAAAUCAGCUGCGAUUGCUGGAUGUUUACCAGACCCCCUGAAGACUCAGGCCAGUCUAAGGGAGUUACCUAGUGAUGAAGUAUUGAUGAAGAAACUAGCUGAUAGUAUUGAUGUGACUAAAGAUCAUCAGAGCCUCACUAAAGCAAAGACUGAAGUAUAUUUACAUGUAUCUGAUAACCAACCUCUUGUUGAACUCUUGAAGAUGUUGCAUGAUGUUUCAUCACCAGUCCUCAUUAACAGAGACUGUGCAGUAGCUCUCUCUAACAGAAUCUACAAGGAGAUGAGUAAUCCUUCAUUACUGCAGUCUGAGGAGGAUGAGUUAGAGGAGCAGGAGAAAUGCAAGAAAGGACUACAAUUAUUGAAAGUGCUAUCUGGUAUUGAGAGGGCGUGGUUUCAUGACGAAGAACUGUUGCAGAAUGUAAUGUCUUUAUUAAGACAUAAGGACAAUGAAAUAGUACAAAAUUCACUGCUAAUUCUUCAUAAUAUUGGUUCAGUUAUUAAUGACACUUUUACUAGCAUAUCAAGUGUUCUCUCUCCGUUAUUAUUCCAGUUAGCUUGUAAAAGUUCACCCAAAUCUGCCAAGUUAGCAGUACAAUGUCUCAUCUCUAUUUAUCCAAACAACAAGAGUAAUUUCGAAAGGCUUUAUGAGAUGCUAGUAGAUGGGUUGGAUUUAGGAUCAGUUCAUCUCGAAUCAGUGUUAAAAUCACUGAGCGUGUUAGCGGAAAACAGACACCCCAUCUUUGAGAAGCACAGGAAUGACGUAAUCGUGAGAUUUGCAGUUAAAAAGAUCCUUGAGCAGGAGGUUGAUGAAGAUGAGAUUGAAGAGGAGGAAAGUGAAGUUUUGAACUUAUGGUCUCCCGACUCUGACCUAUCAGUGGACACUAGACUAAGGAUUGCUUCAAUGAAGUUAUUAGUGUCUUGGAUUGCUUUGUUGCGUUGUAAUAAUAAGAAAUCAAUUUACAAAACUCAACUGUAA